UCUCUCUGAGCGAGGAAGCAGGGGAGUGGAAGAGUUCCAAAGGAGCAGGGAUGCAGAACAGAACUAGUCUCGUUCUCUGUGCCCUUGCUCUCCUGAUGGGCUUCCUGAUGAUCUGCCUGGGGGCCUUCUUCAUUUCCUCAGGAUCGAUAUUCAACUGUCGAGGGAAACUGAUCCUGGCCUAUAUGCUUCUGCCACUGGGGUUUGUGAUCCUUCUGAGCGGAAUUUUCUGGAGCACCUACCGCCAGGCAAGGGAAAGCAAAGGGGUGUUCACCCAUGUGCUCAGAAGACACCUUUCUCAUGGGGCACUUCCCCUGGCCACAGUUGACAGGCCAGAUUUCUACCCUCCUGCGUAUGAAGAGAGUCUUGAUGCCGAGAAGCAACCUUGUCCUGCAGAGGGAGACGCCUUGGAUGUACCUCCACCUCUGUACACAGAGAUGGGCCUUGAAUUUGAGGAUGCAACGGAUGCCCACCCUGAGGCCCCACCUUCCUAUGACGAGUCUGUAGCAGGUGGGGUGCUGGCAGCCACACCAUUGCAAGAUGCUGAGGGGCAGAGCCGGGGAUGCUGAAGCAGGGGACACGCCCUCGUGCUCAGGAUGCACCUUCAUGGGCUACAGCUGCUGAUAAUAAACGUGGCCACUGGACUAUGGGAGGGAAAGCGUCUUCUGGGACCCCCAGGAGUGCCUGCCGAGGAGAUGCUGGGGAUGACUGCCGUGCAGUUCCACCGAUGUGCUUGGCCUGAAAGGGCUCCAGAAGGGUGUGGUCGGCAGCCGGCAACAUUUCAAAGGAUUCGCACUAAUCCCAGCCCAGGUGGGCUUUGGGACUGCUUUUAGAGCUCUGCUCCAAGAGGCUUUUGGCUCUCACUCUCAGCCCGCAGGGGGAAGGAAUAGGUGCUGCUCGUGGGGCAGCCAGCCACCUUCAGGCACUGCAUCACCCAACAAUCGCAAAAGGAAAGCAGGCUGGAAACAAAGGGUCAUUGUGGUUUAAUCUGCGGCUUUGGUUGGCUGGUGUCACAGUUCUCUCCAUUCACCGUAUUACCAGAGUGGCACCGUAAUUCGCAUUGUGGGAGGUGUGCUCUUGGAAGCCAUGAAUGUUACUUCAUACUACUUAAUUUUAAUUAUGUGUAUUUUACUUCUACGUGGAAAACAACUACAAUAUUUCCUUUCAAAAUGGCUCGAACACAAAAUUUUCAAUGAAUAUCUUAAAAACAGGAUGGUUGUACAGCAGAGAUGACAAGGUUUCUUGGAGACUCGAGUGGGACAGACAUAACACUUAAAAUUCAUAAGACAGAAUACAGAGGGGAAAACUGUACUAGUCAUAAGUUGUAUUAACAUAGAUUUUGACGUAAAUAUUCAAAGGCAUUAAAAUAUCCAUGUGUAUUUCAACAAAUCCCCCCCCACCCCCGCAAAUCUCUAGCAUCUGAAAGAAAAGAGACUAUAUUGUAGUACUUUGAUCCUUAACCGAAAAUUCUUGGGGGUCUCAAGAUACAGACCCAUAUGCAUUUUUAGACUUGGGACAUUUAUUUUAAAAACCACGGAUUCGUCCUCAGCUGUAUUAUAUUUUAUUACAUGUUUUAACACACGAGGACAUGUUGGGUGGCAGGGCAGUGGGAAGAGAGGCAGCCUGAUGUUUUAGAGCUUGGACAAGAAUCUUCAUCUGUCUGGGCCUCAGUUUCUUCCUCAAUCAAGCGAGGAAUUUAUGCUACGAUUGUUAUCUAACAAUUAGGGAAUGUCUUUUAUAUGACAGGUUCUGUGCUGUGAACUUUUUUGUGCUUUUUGUUUAGCCCUCAUUAUACCCUUCAGAAGUAAGUGCAAUGGUUAGUCCCAUUUUACAGAUGCAUAAACUGAGACUUUGAAGGCAUUGAGAAACUUUGCCAAUAGCGUACAGUUGUUUCCAGUAGAGGGGCGUGAGUGUAUUUACUUCAAACAUUUGUGCUAGGUUAGCCCUGUCUUAGCUCCCUUCUCCCACGGAGCAGUCUGGACUUCUCUCCAGAUUCAGAAAGUGGGCCCCAUCAGGAAGUGGAGCCCCAGGAUUGGUACAAUACCUUACAACCCUUGGGGAAGCCAGAGAGCUUGCUCUAGCAUUCUCUUUUAUAUUUUUUAACUUAAAAAAGACUUAAAAUUUUUUCAUUGUCGUUGACAUAUAAUAGGGUUCUCUUUUAACAUGUAAAUACGCCCUCCAUGUUUUCUGCCUAGGAGCUUGGCCCCCACCUCUUUGUGCAGUUUCCUUCUCUCUGAUCAUUCCAUCGAUGAUGAAUAGUGGCUCCUACUGGUGACAGGCAGCCCUCAGUGAAUGGGCACAUUCAGUGCCCAUUUGAAUAGUGGUGGCGAGGAUGAAGAGCUUUCAAGGGCUGUCAAGAUGGAAUGGGGCCUCCAUGGCCUCCUCUUCCCAUUUUUGCCAAGUGCACAGAUGAAGCAUGUCCUGACAAAUACGCAGGAAGCCACAUGAAAGGAAAUCCUGGGUCUUUUACAUGAAACAUGCAUUUGGGCAUCUGGGAUUUGAAUCCUUGACCUCAAGGGCAUAACUGGAUAUGAAGGUCACUCAUGGCUGUCCAAUGGGAAGGUGACCAUUUCUUAGCAAUGCAAUUUAUUGCAUUGCAAUUUAUUAGACAUCGCAUUUCUUAGCAAUGCAAUUUAUCUCUUUCUAUCCCUCUACUGAGAUUGUUACCCUGAAAUUUUCUCUGGGGUCUGAACACAUCCAUGGGCCUUAACCAACUCUGUCACUAGGCUUUCAUCCAGAGUUUGCAUUUGUCAUAAAUGGAUUUUUCCAACUUCUGGUAGUCAUAUGAAACAUGUUAUUUUUGGUUUACAUAAGAAAAUUGUUUUGAUCUCUUUACUGCAGUAAAUUUUGUACUUAAA